AUGCCCACUGACAACCGCCUGGAUCUCCGCCAUCGCCGGGAGGUGGGCCCGGUGACCGAGGGCCGCGGCCUCCUGGAGAGCAUCCAGCGCUUCUCGCUGCUGCCCACCUACCUGCCCGUGACCUACCGCGUGCACGACGCCGACGCGUCCUUCUUCCUGAAGGAGGCCAACCAGGACGUCAUGCGCAACUCCAGCCUGCAGUCGCGCGUGGAGUCCUUUCUCAUCCACAGGGCGCGGCGCACGCCCGUGCUCAGCGCCAGCUACGGGCCCUUCUCCGCGCGGCAGGCGGCAGCAGCCGGGACCCUCCUCACAGGCACUCGGGACGUUGCUCAGGAAACAGCGCACAGGGCGAAGGCGCAGAAGGGCGUUUACAUCUCCGCCGUCAGAGCCAGCAGCCCGUCCGCGUGGGACGUCCGGGCGAGCGACCGCGCGGGCAGGUACUCGCCGGCUGUCAUCGCCUGUCACAGGAGACCCGCCGGCUCCGCCCCCAGGGCGAAGGCGCAGAAGGGCGUUUACAUCUCCGCCGUCAGAGCCAGCAGCCCGUCCGCGUGGGACGUCCGGGCGAGCGACCGCGCGGGCAGGUACUCGCCGGCUGUCAUCGCCUGUCACAGGAGACCCGCCGGCUCCGCCCCCAGGGCUGACGGCGCCUCUGACGAGGUCAUGCAGAUUGAUGUGGAAGUCGAAGCGCCCAGCGACCUGCCGGCCACGCAGCUCAUCACGUGGCAGGUCGAGUACCCAGGAGACAUCACGUCAGACUUGGGGGUCUCCAAGAUCUACGUCAGCCAGAAGGACUUGAUCAGUGUCAUCCCGCUGGCCAUGGAGGUGGAGAUCCUGAACACCGCGGUCCUCACGGGGAAGACGGUGGCCGUCCCGGUGAAGCUGGUCUCCGUGGAGGAAGGCGGCACCGUGACAGACCUGCUGCAGUCGGUGGAGUGCAGGUCAUCUGAUGAAGACGUCAUCAAGGUGUCCGACAGGUGCGACUACGUCUUCGUCAAUGGGAAGGAGAUGAAGGGCCAGGUGGACGCGGUGGUGAGCUUCACCUACCAGCACCUGAGCGCCCCCCUGGAGAUGACCGUGUGGGCCCCCCGGCUCCCACUGCACAUCGAGGUCUCGGACGCCGAGCUCAACCAGGUCAAGGGCUGGCGGGUGCCCAUCACCCCCAACAACAGGCCCGCUGGGGACAGCGAGGAAGACGAAGACGGUGAGAGGCGGGGCCGGGGCUGCGCCCUCCAGUACCAGCACGCCAUGGUGCGCGUCUUGACUCAGUUUGUGGCCGAAUCGGCUGACCCUGGGGGCCACCUGGCCCACCUGCUGGGCUCUGACUGGCAGGUGGACAUCACGGAGCUGGUGAAGGACUUCAUGCAGGUGGAGGAGCCCCGGAUCGCCCAGCUGCGAGGGGGACAGGUCCUGGUGGGCCAGGAGCUCGGGAUGACCACCAUCCAGAUCCUGUCACCCCUGUCGGACGCCAUCCUGGCUGAAAAGACCGUCACGGUGCUGGACGAGAAGGUGACCGUCACGGACCUGGGGGUGCAGGUGGUGGCCGGGCUGCUGCUGUCCCUGCAGCUCAGCCCCGGGAGCAACAGGGCCAUUUUCGCCACGGCCGUGGCUCAGGAGCUUCUGCAGAGGCCGCGACAGGAAGCAGCCCUCAGCUGCUGGGUGCAGUUCAGCGACGGCUCCGUCACGCCCCUGGACAUCUACGCCACCGGAGACUUCUCCCUGGUGGCCACCUCCCUGGACGAGAGGGUGGUCUCCGUCCACCAGGACCCGGACUCCAAGUGGCCGGUCAUCGCCGCGGAGUCCGAAGGGCAGGGCGCCCUGGUGAGGGUAGAAAUGGUCAUCAGCGAGUCCUGCCAGAAGUCCAAGCGCAAGAGCGUGCUGGCCGUGGGGACCGCCACCCUCAGGGUGAGCUUCGGCCAGGGCGACGCCCACCCCAACACCAGCGACAGCCGGCACGCGGGGGCCGGUGCUCACCUGGAGAGUCACGGCGGUGACAGGACACCCCACAGGCCCUCGCAGGAGUGGGGCGGUCCGGGGGGCCACGUGCUCAGUAGCGCCUCCGUGGCCACCGUGGGAGGGAGCGUGGCCACGACAGAGAGGUCGGCCUUCAGGAAGAACCGGGGCCGGGAGAGCCUCCCGGUGGGUGUCGGCAGCCUGCAGACCGUCCCCACCGGCCUCCCCAGCCUCCCGGCCCAGGCGGAGCUCCCGGGGCGUGGGGGCGACGUGGACCAGAGCGACCCCACGCAGGCCCCCAGGGGGCUGAGCGACCUGGAGAUUGGCAUGUACGCCCUGCUGGGGGUCUUCUGCCUGGCCAUCCUGGUCUUCCUCCUCAACUGCGUCACCUUUGCCUUGAGGUACCGGCGCAAGCAGGUGCCCUUCGCGGAGCAGGAAGGGCUGAGCCACUCCCACGACUGGGUGGGGCUGGGCCACCGGGCGGAGCUGCUGGAGAACCACGUCCCCUUCGUGGCCUCGCAGGACGAGCGGGUCACGGCCUUGGACGGGGGCCUGGACCUGGAGGAGGGAAAGUACCUGCUCAGCACCAACUCCCAGAGCAGCGUCAACGGGCAGCUGUUCGCGUCUCCAGGACCCACGGUCGGCGACGGGGACGAUCCAAAGAGCGAGCCGCCCACGUCCCCCACCUCCAGGAGGAGAAGGGUGACAUUCACCACCUUCAGCACCCUCUCCCCGGAGGACAGGGGCCCUGAGGCGCAUGCCCCGGUGAGGGGUGGUGAGGGAGACGUGGGCUGGGUCUGCCCUGGCCUGGCCCCGGGUGAGCGCUGGGACCCACACGGCUACGUGGACAGGCUCUGUGGAGACGCGUAG